AUGCUGUUUCUGCAGCUUCCAUUGUUAGCUGUUCUUCUCCCAGGUGGUGACAUUGAAGAUGUUUUGCCACCCACAGCCUUCCAGGAGCCUAUCUUCUACCAUGUUAUCCAGAUAUCAUCUUAUUGCACUCAUUCCUGGACACAAAAUCUGACCUCUGGAUGGUUGGAUGAGUUGCAGACUCAUAGCUGGGAAACUAAUUCUGGCACCAUCAUUUUCCUAUGGCCCUGGGCCAAGGGUAACUUCAGCUACAAUGUAUUGGUAGAACUGGAAAUGCUAUUCCACAUGUACUUCAUUGGAUUGACUCAGGAAGUUCACAGCUAUGACAGUCAAUUGCAACUUGAAUAUCCCUUUGAGAUACAGGUGGAAGGAGGCUGUGAGCUGCAUUCUGGGGGCCCAACAGGCUUUCUGUGGGGAGCUUAUAAAGGAUCAGAUUUCCUGAGUGUCCACAACAACUCAUCGGUGCCAUCUCCUGAGGGUGAAAAUAAGGCUCAGAAUAUCUGCAGACUACCCAAUCAGUACCAAGGCAUCAAGGAAAUAGUGCAUGAGCUCAUCAGUGACACCUGCCUACCUUUCAUCUUGGGUCUCCUGGAGGCAAGGAAGGCAGAUCUCCAGAGAGAAAUGAAGCCUAAAGCCAAGCUGUCCAGUGGGGCCACUCUCAGUCCAGGCUGUGUGCUGCUGGUUUGUCAUGUCUUUUUGGCUUUUACCCAAAGCCUGUGGGUGAUGUGGAUGUGAGGGGAGAAGGAGCAGCUGGACACUUGGCAAGGUGAUAUCUUGCCCAGUACUGAUGGGACCUGGUAUCUUUGGGUGUUCUUGAAUGUGGUAACCAUGGAGGCAUCUGGCCUGUCUUGCUGAGUAAGGCACAGCAGUCUAGGUGACCAGGCCAUUCCACUGGGGUAA